AUGUCCCUCAUGUCCUGGAUUGUGAUACAUCGAAUCCUGAUUGAUGCACUAAAGACAUACAUGGAUGAUUCUUUCUCCUACGACCUUGCAUCAUGCCAGCUCUACUAUGCUCCCUACGCCUGCUACUUUCCAGCAAAGCAAACAUGUUUGCUUUGGCUAUGGGACAACAUCGGGUUACCCCAUGAGUGUCCCAAACAAAUAUUCAGUUUGCUGCUGACUGUGAUCGGGUUCGAUGUGGACUCAAAUGCAAUGUCAGCUAUGCUGCCCAAGGAUAAGAAGAGAGAGUUAGUUGCGCACUUGCGUCGCUUUGCAGGAAAAGGGUUCAGAUGGUUGCUCCGGGAAUAUCAACAGUUGGGAGGUUUGUGUGAGUGGAGUUCUAACAUAUUCCCUUUGCUCAAACCAGGACUGUCUGCCAUAUAUGAGAAAAUAUGUGGCAAGACAGAACCCUUUGCACGUCUGCACGUCAAUAAAAGCAUCAUUCAUGAGCUUCUCUGGAUGGCCGAUCAUGUGGAUCACUCGCAGAGUUUGCUCUUGUACAAAUCUCUGGACUUUAGCCUGGCUUCGGACGACAUCAUUGUGGCCUAUACAGAUGCAUCUGGAGUAGGCUUGGGACUUUGGUUCCCUGAUGAAGACUUUGCCUGCCAAUGCUUAUUGCCGGGUGACAGCCCCAAGGACACCAUUUUCUUUGCAGAGGCUUUGGCAGUCUGUUCAGCCAUUCACGCCAUUGAGACUAUGCCCAAAACACCACAAUGCAUGCUCAUUUACAUAGACAACACCAAUGUGGUCUGCAUGUUUAACUCCCUGCACGUGCAUCCUCCAUAUAACUCAAUCCUGAUGUCAGCAACGGAUGUGCUUCUGAAGCAUGAUGUGGAUUUGUGGGUGGAACAUGUCAGUGGUGUAGAAAACAAUGUUGCUGAUGCUUUGUCGUGUUUCCAGAAUGAACGUGUAUACAGAUUCACACCAAACAUGCAGAUUUACAAUUUUGAACCCCCUCAAAAUGCACUGGGGGGAGCAGAAAAAUGA